AUCAUUUUUGCCGCCUACAUUCUUUUUUUUCAGUUCCCUUUCGGUAGCCCUCGAGUUUAUCAGUUCACAAAUCAACCUCUUUUGUCCCGCAGACCGCAAUUUUUCAUUAUGGCCGGAGUCGUGAAGAAGCUGCUUCAGAAGCUACCAGAUCAAAGAAUCAUCACAUGUCUCAACCAUCAAAAGCCGUUAACUCCUUUGUUUCCAACAACUAUCCAGCGAACCUUACUCGACCCUCAUUCUUUCGUACAAAAUCCCAGUUCAAAUUGUUCAACCGUGGAGAAAUUUGCCCACAAAAAUGACUUUCAUAUUUAUCCCAGUUUUUCAUUUGGGUAUUUUUUGAAUCCAAUCUUCUCAUCUGGGCUAAAGUUAGAUCAGUCUCAAUCACUUGAAGCAAAAAAUUUGGACUUGGAUGAGUCAAGACUCAUGUGGGCUGACAGUGUCAAGAAGAAGAGAAAGAGGAAGAUGAACAAGCAUAAGUUGAGGAAACUUCGCAAACGCCUUCGAGGCCAUUCAUGAACAAGAUUCUUGUUGAGCAAGAUUAUUCAACAGACAAGAACAAAUAUUCUGCCGUUAUUGAGAUGGGUGGCUGCUUUCAGAAUUGGGAUGAGGAGCCUCAGACGAGUAGUGAAAAUUUUCUACAUCAACUUGCGACAGGGCAUCAACGAUUUUUCUUGAUGAUCCAUUUUAAAACAAGAGUGAGGUCAGGUGGAUGUUUGAAUUUUUCGACGCAUCUUGCGAGCGUCCAACAACUCCCUCUGAAAAAUAUUCAGAAAUUCUUCUGCGUCACCCUUCACGCUCCAAACCACCUCGAGGCUCGAGUAAUUCACCAUCACUAUUAAUGAUAAUAUAAUAUUUCUGCUUCGAUUUCCCGCAUUUUGCAACUUGCCAAGUUGCAUAUUAUUAUCCAAAACGGAUAACUUUUCUUCUCCUCUCCACCCACACAACAGAACACCCUCUCCUUCUUUUAUAAUUCAAAAGAAGAAAAAAAAUCUUGUUUACUUUUCUUUUUGCCGUCAGAAGAAGAAGAGCUUUAUCUGAAGUGCUUGUUGUAUAGCAAAUCUGAGAUCUCGCCGUACCAUACCAUACCGACCUUCUUCCGUUGC